AUGCCUUCAGAACUACCCAUUCGCGCUUCCCGUCGUGUCGCGACUCGAAGGGCUGCGGCAUCUAGCGAAGCCGAGGAGCCUGAACACAGUGCAGGUCAACGCCAGGGUCAAAAUGAAGAUGAAGACGCCAGUAUCCCAGCAGCCAAAAUUUCUCCACGACGAAGAGCAGCCACUUCGGAAUCUUCAACCAAAACUAGGCUUCCGUCGAGGAGGACCAAAGUAGCGACGGAGCCAGAACCCGCUUCGGAGUCUUCAGAGGUCCUUAGCCCAUCAAGUAGCAUAGCUGAGGAGCCACAAUCACCAACGCGAUCAGCUCCGAAACGGCGCACUGUGAAAGAUGCACGCGCUGCGCGAACGAGUCGAGCGGCACGACCAUCGAUCGCGCCCCAAGACGUUCCGCCCACCCCAGAACGAACCGCGACUCCAGAAACGCCUUCGCAACAGGAUCGGAUGUCAGGAGAUAUCACAGAGACAAUAUUGAACGAAGCGACUCCUCGCCCCAAAUCGCAACGGAUUGAAAGGACUUCCGAGGAGCUGGAAGAUGUUACGGAAGUCACCCAGAUGACCAAUGCGCCUCGAUCAGAGACGGUGGUCAAACGAGUCGAUCCGAGUGUAACGAAGCUUGAAAGGCCGAUGGACAUCGUUGUACGGAAGCGAGCUACCAAUGAGCCGAAGGAGCGGAUGACAAUUACAUAUUUGAUCCUGACGAAUUUCAAAUCGUACGCUGGCCGGCAAGAAGUAGGCCCGUUCCAUGCCUCAUUCUCGUCGGUCAGCAAUGUGAUCGAUUCAUUGCUUUUCGUUUUCGGUUUCAGGGCGAGCAAGAUGCGUCAGGAUCUGGAAUUUUGCGAGGUCGAGGUACACUUUCAGACAGUUAUGGACCAACCUGGAGGCGGAUCUACAGUCACUCCAGACUCACAGCUGAACAACAGCAGCAAAUACUACAUCAACGGGAAGACAUCCGAUUUCACGACCGUUACAACACUCUUGAAAGAUCGCGGAGGUGAGCCCAAGGCCGCGACGGAAAAUGAUGACGGACUUCUCGAAUAUCUCGAGGACAUCAUCGGCACAUCAAAAUACAAGACCCCAAUCGAAGAAGCCGCAACAGAAACAGAGGCUCUUAACGAGGUGUGCCAAGAGAAGAGUGGCCGAGUGCAGCAUAGCAAGAAAGAGAAGGCACUCGCGUACAUUCGCGACGAGAACGACUUGGUUAUCAAGCAAUCCGCUCUUUAUCAGGUCUACCUUGCGGAAUGUAGCGAUAAUAUCCUUGUGGCAGAAGAGGCUCUCGAAGAGGAGCUGUUGCGACAUGGCGCUAUCGGGAAAGCGAAGAUGGAGAAGCAGACGAAGGACCUUAUCGACCAAGCUAACAACCUUGACAAGGUGACGAAAGCGCAAAAGGCCCUUGACAGCGCUGAAUUCAACAUCGGUCAAUCUGAAACAGGUGCUCAGCGUGCUCGAGAAGACGCCGUGCGGCUCUCUGGUGAGAUGGCUGCAGCAGAAGACGAGCUGAGCAAGAUCCGUGAUUCCCUCAAAGGCAAGACCCAGCAAAAGCAGCUUGAACCGUGGAGCGCGAAGAUCAAUGGAAAGCACGAACUGGAUAUCAUGCUCGAGAGGGAAAACGCUGGCGCCAAGGCUGUUGCGGAGCGAGCUGCAAAGCACGCGGAGCUGAAGACUUGCGAGCAGGAAUGCGCGUCCGCAGAGAAGGAGGCCGAAGCUGCGAAGAACCAGCUUGAAAAAGUCUCGGCCAAGGAGCCUAUAGAAGCCCGGGCCAGCCUAUCUGCCACUCAAAGCCAAGGCAGGGUGCUUGCAGAUCUUACGCGACUUAGAGACUCAGGUCGAGUGGAAGGAUUUCACGGACGGUUGGGCAACCUGGGCGCAAUCGACUCAAAGUAUGACGUUGCGAUCUCGACUGCGUGCCCCGCGCUGGACAACAUGGUUGUUGACUCUAACAAUCUCCCCCGACGCGAUUUGUCGCAGAUUGAAACACCUGAGAAUUGCCCACGGCUCGUGCUCCAGAACACUCUAGUGGCGAAGGAUUCAGAGCAAGCUGAUCGGGUGGCUUAUGGCGCAAAGAGAUGGCGCGUUUCUGGUACAAUGAGUGGUGGUGGUACGAGAGUCGCUCGUGGAGACAUGUCUAAGGAACAAGUCAGCGAGUACUCCGAAGUCCAACAGCAUCAGCAGGACACCCAACGCGUGAUCGAGGAAAUCACCGCUCGGAUACCAGAACUCAGGACGAACGCUUCGAAGCUGACUCUGGAAUUGAGUAGCAUCGAUCGGAAUAUCCAAGAUGGCAGGCAACGCCGAUCAUCAAAAUCAGACAAGAGCAAAUCGUCUGCACUCGAGAAGACAAUUGUAGCGCUUGAGAAAGACACCGAGGGUAUCGAGGCUGCUAUCAAGGAGCUGCAGGACAAGAUCAUGGAGAUUGGUGGAGUAAGGCUUCGUGGACAGAAAGCCAAGAUCAAGUCGCUCGCCGACAAGGCUAAGAAGAAGCACGAAAAGGCGCAAGCAGAUGCUACUGCUGAGCUGGCAAAAAUCGCAGACGACCUCGCAAAAGUUGAGGAAGAAGUUCAGGCGCAAAAGGAUAGCUCUGGUAAUUCCGCCCUGCGCCGACAGGCCGACGAGGCCAAGGAGGCCCUGGAAUACAAGAAGGAAGAGCUCAAUGAAAUGAAAGCCGACUUUGAUCAACGUACUGCAGACCUCAAUGCCACUCGUGGAUCGGAGGUCGAGAUGAGAAAUCAGCUCGAGGAGAAUCAGAAGCAUCUGGUUACCAACCAGAAACAACACAAGCACUGGCACGAGAAGAUGUCGAAAUUGACUCUACAAAAUUUCACAGAAGACGGCGAGGAGCAGGAACCAGAGCCUGUUGCCGAAAUGAGUAGAGAUGAGCUCGAAGACCUCGACAAAGACGAGCUCAAAGCAAGCAUUGCCACGUUAGAAGAGCGCACAUCACAACACGUGGAACUCAGCGUUCUUGCCGAAUAUCGCCGCAGGGUGUCAGAACAUACUAGUCGUCUGGAAGAUCUCAACGCAGCUUUGGCGGCAAGAGACUCUGCCAAAAAGCGUACUGAUGAUCUCCGGCGCCUGCGGCUUGAAGGCUUUAUGGAAGGAUUCUCGACUAUAUCGCUUCGAUUGAAGGAGAUGUAUCAAAUGAUCACCAUGGGCGGCAAUGCCGAGCUCGAGCUCGUCGACUCUCUUGACCCAUUCUCCGAAGGCAUUCUCUUUAGUGUGAUGCCCCCCAAGAAGAGUUGGAAGAACAUCUCGAACUUAUCCGGUGGCGAAAAGACGCUGUCCUCGUUGGCACUAGUCUUUGCGUUGCACCACUACAAACCUACGCCGCUUUAUGUCAUGGACGAGAUUGAUGCUGCCCUGGACUUCCGAAAUGUCAGCAUCGUUGCGGCAUACAUCAAGGAGCGCACCAAGAACGCGCAAUUCAUUGUCAUCUCGCUGCGAAACAACAUGUUCGAGUUGGCGGCGAGAUUGGUCGGAGUGUACAAAGUCAACCACAUGACCAAGAGCGUGACAGUGGAGAAUCGUGAAUAUAUCACACAGCGAGCGUGAUCGAUGAUGGAUAUGCUAUCAUAUGACAAGUGCCACGAUUGAAGGAAAGCAUGACUAUUGAGACGAAAACCUUUAGUACGGGAACAUGUUGGCGUUCAUGUUCAUGUUCAUCUCACAUAUGGAAUACUACUUGGAUAGCAGUGCCCAUAGUGCUUCGAUACCAUCCGGCAAUUUCACGAGUCUGAGUCUGUAG